UACUCAGUGUAGGCUACAGCGGGACCGAGGAUCCUGAUGACGCUAUAAUUAGGAGCUUGCAACCAACGUCACUGCCGAACCCCGCAGCCACCCAACCGCCUCAGGCCUGCUGCUUGGCCCGCUGGCGCCAACGGCCGAUUUGCCCCGGCAACGGCAGCAGAAACCACCCACCCGGCCAAACUCUCAACUCACAACCCGGCAUUGUGGCUGUCCGCGCACCGAGAUCCCGAGCGCGUCAAGAGGUGUCGCAAGACGCGAUACGCGACCGCCAGGAACCUGGGCCAGCUCCACACACACAACACCACGGUUCUCACAACAGAAGCCACACGCACGCACGCGUACAAACGCAUCACCCCGAACAUGGCGGCGUCCAACCCCUCGAGCAGGGCCUACUUUGAGCAGCAGCGCGAGGCGCUGAUGGGCGAGAUUGCAAUGAGCUUCGAGCAGGUCCUGGCAAACAUCAACAAGCUGAAUCGGAACCUCGAGGCCGUCAUCACGGUCGGCAACGAGUUCUCGUCGGUCGAGGCGCUGUGGAGCACCUUUGAGAAUGUCAUGGCCAAGGAGGAGGGCGAGGUCGAGGGCGACGAGGCAGCAGCCCAAGGGAAAGUAGGCGAGGAGCCUGACAGUGUUGGUGGUGGUGUUGAUGGCGACGGGCCGGGUGAGAUCGAAGGUGGUGGUGACGAGCAACAGAUUAAGACCCUGACCUGAGGGGUGAGACUUGGCCAUUGCUGGGGGAAUCCACCCAGCUCGUGGCCACCAUCCAACACCAUACUGAGCUUGGGUCGUCCUGAAUGAGGCGCACACCGCUCUCCUCGUCAUGUUAUCAGGCUUCAUGAGUGGGGGCGGCCUUGGAAUAGCGCCGAUGGGCACGGCCGAGGCUGGCCAGCUGGGGGCGUAAGGAAAGAGUUGUCGAGGAUAGAUACCCAAUAGACACCCAGAAUCAUUCUUCACACAGUUGUUCUCGGGCAAGCGCGGCAGGUUUUCUCAAGAAGGAUUAAUCUCG